CAAACGAACCAUAAAGCGGUAGUUGCGUAUACGCGCCGGGUGUUUGUGUUGUCGUAUUGCCGCUUUCAUACCGCUUUUAUUGAUAUUCUUCCCCUAGAGUGAUGGUGCCAAUUAUUAAUAUUCGUCGCAGGCUAUCACCAGUGGUAGCCAAUGCAAGUGUAACAGAAUUUCAACAAAACUAACGAAGUUCAUUAGAAUUGAAUUAAACAAAUUAUUACCGUAUAAAAUCUGAGUAACCGCAGACAUAGUAACUGUGUGUUUGUGUAUUCAAAUGUGUGUUCGGGUAAACAAAAAUAUUUGUCGCCAGAUAAAAAGCCAAAGUACAAGAAUAUUUGAAUUAAUUAAAAAAAUAACCAACAACAAUUCCAAAAGCAUCAGCAAAUAACUACCAGUGCCUUUUAUCCAGCACCCAGCGUGAACCAAAAAUACUACCGGGGUGAAAAUCACACACAAGCACACUCACUAUGGGUCAGGUAUAACCAAUUCCGCUUGAAAUUAUGUAUAAAAUAAAAAAAAAAGUUGACACUUAUGUAAAUGUUACACUCUUCAUCAGCAGGCUUAGUUGUACAGAGAUGUAUUAGGGGAGUUUGACGCCUUAAGCUUCUUAGUGCCCCAUUUUCUGUAACAACGUUUGUCAGCAACCUAGAAACUCACUCGGCAAUCUUCAUAUCACCAGUGGUGGGCUGAGUGUGGAUUGAGUGGAUUCGGUAUGAAUAGCGAUGAAGAGGAACGCGUGUCUUUGAGAAGCCCAGAAGAAUAUGUUAUGGAUGAAGAUGACUACAAAUUCGUUUCCGUUAUCAAACUCAGACAUAAUAGUAGUACUUCGCAGCGUGACCUACCAGCCAAAUUUGUGAUGGAAAUAUUUGAGCGGAAACCCAACUCCAACGAUAAUGCAGUCACUUGCAUAAUGAGAGACGGAAGUGAAAGCCUGAAAUCCCAACGCCACUACCCAAUGGCUAACGGAAACGGAGAUGAAAUCCAUCGAGAAAAUGAAAAUGUACAACUGAGGGAAAAGUGCGUUCGACCAGCUAAUGUUGUAAUGGAGGUAAAAAACGACAUGGCCGGCCACAGUGACAAUCAGGAAGGGAUGGCAAAUGGGUGUUUGAGCACAAAGUACGAUGAAAAUGAUGUAGUUGACGAGGUCAUUGCGGACAAAAACAAUGGCGUUGACUUGGAAAGUUCUAUCGAGCCUGCUAGAAGUCAUAAUUUGGAAGAUAUGUCCAAGAUACCACGUCUGCCUGGCGACGGGGCACAAAUGGAUGAUGAAGUGCCCUCCUCUCUGCGUGGUUCGACGUCAACUCUCGCUGCUAGCUUUCGCAAGCCGAGACCAAAAUCCGGUGUUCCCUUGCGUGUUCAGUCUGUUCGUAUCAUGGAGCGGAAGCUACGUUACGGCCCGAAAAGACGAACUGAAAGUUGCAGCGUGUUUGGAAACACAAAUUUAGACUUCGAUGCCGAAGGAGAAGCUGCUCAAACCACAACGCCACGGCUCUUGAGCAACGACACCUAUUCGGCGUUCAAGAGUGGCAAUGUGGUGAAAGGUAUCCUAUGUCCAUCCUUGACAAACUCAUUCAAACAGAACUCACUGGAACGAGCCUACCUCACCUACACUCAUCGCCAACGCCAAAAGUCGCUAAUCAUUGUAAAUCUAGUGGAUUUCAUUCUCAAAGUUGUACUGGCCCUUAUUUGGUUUCUAAAGGAAGCAGAAUCGAAGGUGGAGGUGGAAGUCAAUGUGGCCACAGCCAUAACAUGGUCGGUUUGCUGUGCUCUGGCCAACAUGUCCAUUUGCUUUCUCGGAUAUUGGCGUUGUUUCGCCAACAACUACCUCCACUGGGCAGCAGUAUGCACCUGGAUACUAUUCAAUAUUCAAGGUUUCGUUGGCGAGGGAGUGGGAUUUGCCGACCGAGAGUACCUAAUAUGGUACAUCUUGUUUGUGAUAUUUGUUCCGUAUGCUAUGCUGCCUCUGCCGCUCAAGUGGUGCGUAGUGGGUGGCACCAUCACAGCAAGUUGCCAUCUGACGGUAAUAACAAUAAUUAAAAUGCAGAAACAGGAAAAAUCGAAUUGUGUUGCAUUCCAAAUAUUUGCUAAUUUCAUUCUUUACUCGGCCAUUAAUGUGGCUGGCAUGUACACCAAGUAUUUGACUGACAGAGGACAACGUCUAGCCUUUAUAGAGACGCACAAAGCCAUGGAACAUAAAAAGGAAUCUGAAAAGGAAUUACAAAGAACACAAAAGUUGCUGGAUUCGAUUUUACCGAAUAUUGUCAACAACCAGAUUCGCAGCGAGAUGUAUAAAGGCACAGAUCCAAAUGUGGAGACGCAGUUCAACAAGUUGUAUGUUUAUCCAAUGGAUAACGUAAGCAUCCUAUUUGCGGACAUCAAGGGCUUUACGGAACUGGCAAGUAAAACUUCUGCCCAACAACUUGUGAAAAUUUUAAAUGACCUUUUUGCACGUUUCGAUAGGAUUGCUGAGGACAAUCAUUGUUUGCGAGUCAAGUUGCUGGGUGAUUGCUACUAUUGUGUUUCACAAUUUGAAAGUGAUAACUGGAAAACACGUCCAGACCACGCCGUCUGUAGUGUUGAAACUGGCUUGCACAUGAUAAAGGCCAUCAAGGAUGUGCAAUUGCAUACACAUGUCGAUUUAAACAUGCGUAUAGGCAUCCACAGCGGCUCCGUCAUGUGUGGUGUACUUGGCAACAAAAAAUGGCAUUUUGAUGUAUGGUCCAAUGAUGUAUUUAUUGCAAAUCAUAUGGAAUCUGGUGGAAUUCCGGGUCGUGUUCAUAUAUCGGAAGCCACAUUGAAAUGUCUGAAUGAUGCCUAUGAGGUAGAGCCGGGCAACGGCGGAAGCCGUGACAAUCAUUUGAAAAUGCUUAACGUAAAAACAUUUUUAAUCAAACGGACUGAACCUUUAAGACCAAAACGUAGAUUUGGUACCCGCAGCAGCCAACAUUUAGCCCACAUCAAUGGUAGCAACACGACAACCCCAACCCCUGCAAUGACGUCACCAACGAUGGAUGCUAAAACGUUUGUACCAAAAUCGAUUUCGGCUACAGGUGUCCAUAUUGACCCCCAACAACAACUACACCACCAUCUCCAUGCAUUAUCCCGAGCGCAAUCCCAACCUCAACAGCAACAUUUGCCACAUCUUCCUCCACUUAACUCAAUGCAAAAGAAGAACAUUUCAUUAAAUUCAUUGCCAAAUGUAGUGGAGGGUGUAGCAAUGGGACCUACAGGUCCAUCCACCAUGUCGUCACCAAUUACAACAGCACCGAAGGCCAAUGGUGAUAACAUUCACAACCUUCUAGAUGCGGGAGACCAUCGAUCGAUCAUUACCGAAGAUGAACCCACAACUGAGUGGAUCCCAGAAAUACCUUUCAAAAAUUUGAAUUCGCCUGAUGAAGGUGUUAUACGUUCAGAUUCCGUGCUGGGUGAUUCAAGACAAGGUCAGCGCGUUUCUGUUACUCCUUUAGAUGAAGAGAUAGAUGAAUUUAUUGAGCAAAACAUUCAAAUAAAUUCAAACAAGGAAAUUCGUCGAGAAUAUCUAAGCCCAUGGACACUGAAAUUCAAGGAUCGGGAACAGGAAAUGAAGUUUUGUCAGCUUCGGGAAGAUAUGUUCCGCUCGAACAUGCUGUGUGUAUUUGUGAUAUGGAUUUUCAUUGUUCUUUGCCAAAUCAUCAUAAUUCCAAGGUGUACAAACUUGGUGAUCUGCCUAGCGAUCGGAACAAUUUUCUUAACAUUUAGCUGCAUUUUGGUUAUGGCUGAGGAAUUUUCAGGUCUUCCUGAUUUUCUCAAACACAAUUCUGCGAAGCUAGUACACCAGAGACAACGCCGCACCUACUUCAUAUGUGCGAUCAUAGUGCUCAUCACGGUUCUCAGCGCCAUCGGUUUGGUUUUAUGUCCAUCUUCUGCAUAUUUCGAUGGCGUACCCAAUACUGAUGAUGGCGAUAUACGGUCGGUUCUGCCUAGUAGUAGCUAUCGGAGUCCUAAUAAGCCCGGUUCCUCUACAGACGCUGUACCCGUUACCAAUGGCGAGAAGGAGAUCAAGUUAAAUGUCUACCUCUCUGCUACCAUACAUCAUAAUAUCACAAUAAAUGCUGCUAAUGGAGCUAACGCCGUUGUGGACGCAAACGCCUUUUUGGCGGACAAUUUAUCAAAUGCUUCUACAAGUGAUCUCGUGCGACGCAGUAUCGCCAAUGCCCUUAAUAUAACGCAGGCUGCUGCAAUAGGUCUUCUCAACAAUUCAUUGGAGCCCUUAGAGAAUUCGUUUUUUCCUAGGGAACGUCGGAGCGUUAAUGUCAAUGCCAGUAUUGUAAGCGAAGACAACAAUGACCUAGAGCAUUAUAUGGAUUCAGCAGAUGUGGAUACAAUGGACUGUGCACAUCCAGAGUACAUUGUGUUCACAUGGAUUCUUUGCUUGGUUUCACUUGCGACAGCUCUCAAACUCUACUAUUUGGUAAAGGUGAUCAUGGCUAUUUGUAUGGUUGCCUUUUACGCGACCCUAAUUCAGUUGGUAUUUCCUCGCAUAUACACCAAGGAGCUAAUAGAACUUGAACAAUCUCGACUAGGAAUGCCACUGGGUGUACAGAUGUUGAUACUUCUGGUAUCAUUUUUGGUGAUGGUAUGCUACCAUGCCCGAUUGGUGGAGGUGACAUCAAGAUUGGACUUUAUCUGGAAAGAGCAGGCCGAGCGAGAACUUACCAACAUGAAAUCAAACAGAGCUUUAAAUGAUACGUUAAUCAAGAAUAUUCUACCAGAUCAUGUUGCGGCCUAUUAUUUAUCUGACGAACACACCGACGAGCUCUACUCCAACAUGCACAAUUUAUGUGGAGUUAUGUUCGCAUCCAUACCAAAUUUUCAGGAUUUUUACUCUGAAGAUAUCGACAAUGGAAAAGCGUGCAUACGAAUUCUUAAUGAAAUCAUAUGUGACUUCGAUGAAUUAUUGGAAGAGCCACGAUUUGCAUCCAUUGAAAAAAUUAAGACAGUCGGUGCCACAUACAUGGCUGCGUCUGGUCUAAACGCAGACCAUCUGAGAGUUAGCGGUGAAACUUCAGAAGAUAGCGUUUGCAGCUUGGUCGAAUUUGCUUUUGCCAUGAAGCAAAAAUUGGAAGAUAUCAAUAAGGAGGCCUUUAAUAAUUUUCAACUUCGAGUAGGAAUCUGUAGUGGAUCCUUGGUGAGCGGUGUAAUAGGUGCACGAAAGCCAGUAUACGACAUCUGGGGAAAUACCGUGAAUGUCGCAUCUCGCAUGGACUCAACCGGAGAAAAUUGGCGGAUUCAAGUGCCAGACUCAACUGCGGAAUUGCUAAAAGCAAAAGGUUAUACAUGUUUGAAACGCGGUGACAUAAAUGUCAAAGGAAAAGGUAUAAUGACUACAUAUUUUGUACACCCUCGCGGUGAAUCGGAGAGCCAGUUGCCUUCGCCUGUUCACAUGACAGCAGGAGUACCUAUGACACAGACACCCAACUUGCAACGGCAAACUUCACACCAUGGCUCCUUUAGCGCUGUUGUUUUUGGAAUGCUCCAAGCUUCAAAACGCAGCACAAACUUGGCUGGUACCCCUACGGGGACUCCUUCGCCGCAAAUACGACGUGGUCAUAGAGGCAGCACAUUUAGUUCAGUACGCCUAUCACAAAAGGCCACCGUGAAUAACCCAGUUCGACGUAACACGACCAGGGUUCGUGGCCGUUCCUAUCGCCAGAAAAAGCAGAGUUCCUCGAACAAUUCCAUUGUCACGCAGAGUAGUGCUUCAUGUGUGCCAUCAUUCCGCCGUAUCGACCAAAUAGAGACAUCACUUUCCAAGAGCCACAAUGAUGCAUUAUAACCUGAACGUAAUUGGAGCUCUCUGAUAAUCUUGUUGGUAGUACAAAAAUCAUAAAACAACUGUUUAUACUUAAGUGGAGUCCACAAUGAUCCUAUAGAACUGAUACACAUCCCAGCACAAUAUCACGUAACUGCAACAUGCUUUGGUUCAUCCACGAGCAAAGCAAUGGAAACAACAUAGAAAUCACCUCAUCGCAUAAUUUCAAAUAUAUUUUAUAUAAUUAUCUAUUACAGAGCA